GUUGAUGGUUCGAUUACUAUGAUCACCCACCGCUUCAGAGGAGUGCGAAGAAAAGCAAUUGCUUUCUUUGUCAAGGUGUUUUCAAUUCAAUUCUCACCCAUUAGCCCUGUUUGGUUAAGUUUGGAAUGACUCUAUCAGAUCCGGUGGUAUUGUGGAAAUUCCCAGAGGACUUUGGCGACCAGGUAGUACUACAGACUGUGCCCAAGUUCUGUUUCCCCUUUGACAUUGAAAGAGUAUCUCAGCAUCAAGUUGGACAGCACUUUACCUUUGUACUGACAGACAUCGAAAGUAAACAGAGAUUUGGAUUCUGCAGACUCACAUCAGGAGGCAAAAUUUGCUUGUGCAUCCUUAGUUACCUGCCAUGGUUUGAAGUGUAUUAUAAGCUUCUAAAUACUCUGGCGGAUUACUUGGCUAAGGAACUGGAGAAUGAUUUGAAUGAAACCCUCCAAUCACUCUAUAACCACCCAGUACCAAAGGCAAACACUCCUGUCAGUUUGAGCAUGAACCAAGAGAUAUUUAUUGCCAGUGAGCAAGUUCUGAAAGAUCAGCCCUUCUCAGCAGCGCAUUCCUACUUCAUUGCCCCAGAUGUAACUGGACUCCCAACAAUUCCUGAGAGUAGAAAUCUUACAGAAUAUUUUGUUGCCGUGGAUGUGAAUAAUAUGCUACAACUCUACGCCAGCAUGUUACAUGAGAGGCGCGUCAUUAUUACCUCUAGCAAAUUAAGCACUUUAACUGCCUGUCUCCAUGGAUCAGUUGCCCUGCUGUACCCAAUGUACUGGCAGCACAUAUACAUCCCUGUGCUCCCGCCGCACCUGCUGGACUACUGCUGUGCUCCGAUGCCAUACCUGAUUGGAAUACACGCCAGCCUCAUAGAGAGAGUGAAAAAUAAAUCAUUGGAGGAUGUGGUUAUGUUAAAUGUUGACACAAACACUUUAGAAUCACCAUUUAAUGACUUGAACAACCUACCGAGUGAUGUGGUCUCGGCCCUGAAAAAUAAACUGAAGAAGCAGUCUACAGCUACAGGGGACGGAGUAGCUAGGGCCUUUCUUAGGGCGCAGGCUGCUUUGUUUGGAUCCUACAGAGAUGCACUGAGAUACAAACCUGGGGAGCCCAUCACUUUCUGUGAGGAGAGUUUUGUAAAGCACCGCUCAAGUUUGAUGAAACAGUUCUUGGAAACGGCAGUUAACCUCCAACUUUUCAAGCAGUUCAUUGAUGGUCGACUGGCAAAAUUAAAUGCAGGAAGGGGUUUCUCUGAUGUAUUUGAAGAGGAAAUCACUUCAGGUGGCUUUUGUGGAGGGAACCCGAGGUCAUAUCAACAAUGGGUGCAUACAGUCAAGAAAGGAGGUGCACUGUUUAACACAGCAAUGACCAAAGCAACCCCAGCUGUACGGACAGCAUAUAAAUUUGCAAAAAAUCAUGCAAAGCAGGGAAUAAAGGAAGUGAAGAGUAAGCUAAAACAUAAGGAAAAUGAAGAAGAUUAUGGGACCUGUUCUGGUUCUGUACAAUAUACACCAGUUUACACGUUACAUAAUGAAAAGGGAGGAAAUCUAGAAAAGCGUAAGCUUUCCCAGGCACGCUCGAAACGACCUCUGAAGAGCUUUGAUGGUGCUCUGUAUGACGACGACCAUGAUGAGAGAGCAAGCAAGUUAUCCUCUGAAGAUGGAGAAGAGGCUUCGACUUAUUUUUAUGAAAGUGAUGACUCCGUUGAAGCAAGAGUAAAGACUCCUUACUCAGGUGAAAUGGACCUACUAGGAGAGAUCUUAGAUACACUGAGCACACACAGCUCUGACCAAGGAAAGCUGGCGGCAGCGAAGAGCUUGGAUUUCUUCAGAUCAAUGGAUGAUAUUGAUUACAAACCUACGAAUAAAUCCAAUGCACCGAGUGAGAAUAAUCUGGCCCUACUUUGCAGUGGUUCUGGUGACCAAGCAGAGUGGCACCUCGGGCAAGAUGACAGCGCCCUGCAUGGCAAACACCUUCCUCCGUCUCCCCGGAAGCGAGUUUCUUCCAGCGGUCUGACAGAUUCUCUGUUUAUCCUGAAAGAGGAAAACAACGAAAAAUACCUCAGUGUUGACAAUGCGGCGGGGCCCGCGGUCAUGGAAAAGCCAGCGUCUGCUUCCGGAGUGGAUUUCCAGCUAGCUUCUCCUGAAGUUUCCGAAAAUGAAAAAUGUAAAACAGAAAAGAAGGAAACACUAAGCCAGAUUUCAGAUGAUCUCCUGGUACCGGGCCUUGGGCGACAUUCAUCUACUUUUGUUCCUUGGGAGAAAGAAGGGAAAGAAGCCAAAGAGACUUCAGAAGAGAGUGGACUGCUUCAUGAAGUAGUGUCGUUAUGUCACAUAACAUCUGCCUUCCAACAAGACUUAAACAUUUCAGAGGAAAACACAAGUGGAAACCAAGCUUGAGUCAACAGUUAACAGUCACUCACUUGCGUCUAAGCUUCUGUGGAGACAUUGUAGGAUUCCGUGUAAUCUCUGUGGUAAACAGAAUUAUAUGUAGGAAUGACAGUUCUUAGUGCUGUCUAAGAAUUACUUCUCAUUUGGUACAUACAUUUUCCCCACUCGUUCAUCUCGUGGGUAUACAUUAUCGAUUGAUUUUUUUUAAUGUAGAGCUAAUUCUUCUUCUGUGCUCUUAAAUCAGGUACUCAUUGGUAUGUGUGUUGGAAGUAUGCGGUGAACCUAUGAUUUCCCGGUACUUGGUGCUUAAGGCCGUUCAUUUAUUUAAGCUAAGUAUGCGUAUGUAACCCUUGCACAUAACCAGUAGCGACGAUUCUAAUCUGGUUGAGCAUGAACUGAUCAGGAUAUCAAAACUAGCCUGAAACUACUGAAACUGUUGACCCACUAACUGCCUUAAUCUUAAGCCUAUAUUUAGCAUACUUUAAUAAUUUAUGGAAUUACCUGUAAAUUUUGAAGGAUAAGUUAUAAGUGUUCUGCAGAGCAAUAAUGCCUUUCUCUAUUCAUUGAAUCCAGGACAAAAUCAACUUUUCAAAGUUAAAAAGCUCUCUUGUGGACACUGCAGCCAUGUUUUCCAAAACGUAUAAAAGUACACAUUUACCUUUCACUCAGUGAAAUAUAUGAAGUGCUGAAUUACAAUGUGAAAUUGAUGACUUCUGUUUACAAAUGAGACACUUUAAAAUUUUUUCCCAGUCUCUCUGUAUGCCUUUGCUAUCUAGGAAUGGAGUCCCAGAAAGCCAAACAUAACGUGAACUGUCCUGAUAAAGAAAUAUUCCAUUUUUCUUUCAUAACUAACCUACAUGAAAUGUUUCUUUUCAUCUCAAAUUUACUUUUUAAAACAAUCAAUUUUACAGUUUAGAAAUUUUAGAUUUAUAGAAAAAUUAUGAAGAAAGUACAGAGAGGUCCCAUAUAACCCUACACAUAGUUCCCCCUCUUACUCAUCUCUUACAUUGGUAUGGUACAUUUGCCACAAUUAGUGAACCAAUAUCAAUAGUCCAUGCUUUACUCAGAUUUCCUUAGUUUUUCCCUAAUAUCUUUUUUGUGCUCUAGAAUCUCAUCCACGACACCACAUCACAGUUGGUCAUCUUGUGUCUUUAGAUUCUUCUUGGUAGUGACAUUUUUCUGACUUUCCUUGUUGCUGAUGACCUUGACAGUUUCGAUCUGGUCCAAUAAAUUGUAAAAUGUCCCUCUAUUAGAAUUUGUCUGCUAUUUUCCUCCUGACUACACUGUGAUUAGGGGUUUGUGGGAGGAAGAUUCCAGAAGUAAAGUGUUACUUUCAUCAUAUCAUAUCCAAGGUACAUAAUGUCCACAUGAUUUAUCAUGACGUUGACAUUGACUUUGAUAGCCGAGCUGCGGUGGUGUGUGUCAGGUUUCUCCACUACACGCUCCUCCCUCCCUUUCCAUGCUACAGUGUUUGGAAGGAAGUCACUGUGUGCAGCCUACGCUUAAGGAGUGGGGCUUAUGCUUCCUCUCCCUUAAGGCAGAAUAGCUACAUAAAUUCUUCUACAUAGGGGAUUCAUCUCUUCUCCCUCAAAUUCCCUGUUAAACGUUGAAAUUUAUCUCACAAGGAAUUGACUGCUUCAUGAAAAGCUAGUUUGUAGGAAAAUAUCAGAUAUUAAAAAAACCCAGUCAUGUUACGGUUAAUUUGGUGUUUGUGUAUUCGACAUAUACUCUGUACAUCCCUAAUCACAGUUAGUUUUAAAUUGUCAUCUUAGUAAGGGUGUUUGGGAAACCAUUCAAGAACCUCAUUGGAACUAUACCCUAAAAUAUUUACUGAAAGAAUUUAGUUUGCAGUUAAAAAAAAAAUCCUGGAAGGGGGUUUGUUUAAAACAUUGCUUAAAAAAAUAUUUAUUCAGGUCAGUCUUUGAAUAAUUUACAGAAAAUUACCAAGAUUUUUUUUUAAACUACAUUCCAAAAUCUUGAGUGGAUAUGUUUUACUGGGGUCAGUUAUUCAUUCAUGUUUGUAAAAAAGACAAGUCUUAUUUUCCUUAUAAGGAUGAACCCUUACAUUAAGGAAAAAAGUGUUUUAUUAACACAAAAGUGUGACCCAAGGUUCUUGUCAAAUAUUGACUUUAUAUACUCAUUACAAAAUCCCAUUGUACUUUGUUGCAGCGUGUAGUAAAAGAAGUCGAUUUAUCAGAAGAGCUGUUUUAAAUGAGAAGGGAAAAAAAGGUCAAUCUGCUUGGCAAAUAUUUCUUCAUAAUUUUUGAAAAGAAAAAGCCUUUUUUAAUAUGACUGUUCGAAUGAGGCAUGUUUUCCUUCAGAAUUCAUAGUCUGAAGAAUGGGGAAAUUGUGAGUAUAGCAUAGAUGAAGUUGGGGUUUUAGUCCAUUUGCUUAGUAGACGUCAUGGCCUCAGAAAUGGGAAGUUGUUUGGUUGUCUAGUCCCCUCACGAGCUGUUUGACAAGACUGUGUUGUUGUGAGGGUGGGUAGCCGCUCACAAGCACGUUUGCAUGAAGGUAUUUUAAACUGGAUUUGUGCCUUAUUCUAACAUGCAAAAUCAGCUUUUAUAUUCUGUGUUAAAAAACAAAAGCUGUACGUGUUGUUCUUGGAAAACAUCCAAAAGACUAGUAUCCAAGGGGCUGCUGAUCCAGAAGCGUGGGUAUUCCGGAUCACUAGUAUUUUGAGUAUUCAAAGUCUGCUCUUAAACUAGACUCCCCAGUAUUGUGGUGGACACAGGGAGAGUGAAGUGAGGGUGAAUUCUGAAAUGAACAAAGCAUUAUCUUAUUUUCUGCUAUGCUCAAAUUUUCUAUUUUAACUAAAUGAAAUAUUUGUAAAACCCCCUGCUGGUUGAAUGUUUUUUUUUUUUUUUUCCCCAAGAAGCUGCACCUGUUCCACAGCAGAGUUGUAUAAGCGAAUAGGACUUUUGGCUUUGGGACAUAGUCCUUCAUGAUUCUCCCUGAAUCCCACUCUGGCUUUUAUCUUCUUUGCCCUUAAAUACUGCAUCUGUGGUAAUUCAGAAGGAGAUGCAAGAGUAGUGUGUGAAUUUAGGAGCUGUUGUUUUGUUAAGUCAACAUGUUGUUACGUGGUAGAUUUUGAUGGUUACCUGCUUUACAUGUUUUACAAAGGCACCAAAAUAUAGCGGGAUUAUUUUUCUGUUUAAAAAUUAAUAACUCAUCCACUUAAAAAGUAUUCAUUGACUUUAUACCAGUCUUAUGCAAGGUACAGUAUCUGAGGAAAUCAGGAAAUAAAAUAAUUAACAUAGUUUCGGCUCUGAAGGAACCAAUUAAAAAAUUUAAAUUUAAAUUUAAAUUGAGAGGAAAAAGAAAUUAUAAAUCUCUGUUAAUAAUAAUAAUGAUAAUGAUAAUGAUAUAUUUUGCUUAGAAGUCAUUAGCCCAAGAUUCUAACAUCAGAAAGUCUUUUAAGACUGCUUAAUCAAAAAAUGCUCUAAGUACAGAACCACAGUACCAUUUCUAAGUUCAUUAACUUUAUUUAUUAUUAUAAUGAAGUAUAAUGAUGCUGCUAUUUUAAGAUAUCUACUUCUAAAGGACAGACUUAGAGGCUCUUAGAAACUAAGUGUCCUUGCUUAUCUGAUUGUCUGUCACCACUAUGCUCAAGCCUUUGACCAGGCAGCACAGGGCUCUCUAAUGGAAUGAUGCUUCUUUGCAAUGCUUAGGGCCACUUUCCUUACUUUAGGACUAACCAAGGGUGUGGGUGCAUGUUGAUGGAAACUAGUUUUUACUGUCUUUAUCUUGAUAAUAGCAUUCUCUAGAAACAGCCUCCGCUGUUCCCUGCCUCUUAAAACUGUAUCAGUGCUGUUGUUAGGACUCUGUGCUAAUAUCUUAAUAGUAGAAUUCAGGAAUGUUCAUGAAUUAGUUGUUUCUUAAACGACGUGAAGUAGACUCGUGAUCAAGAGGAGAAAACUGUGAAUGUUCUCAUAAUCUGCAGUAGAUCUUCCUUCUGAUGUAGGAAAUCUGGAUUUUCAGGAAAAGAUUAUUUUCAUGAAUAAAUUUCCUAAUGCAAAUUCCAUUUUGUUCAGCAUAACAGACCCUGAUUCUGGGUAGAUACUUGUAAAUCAGAAUAUAAAUUUCAGAAAGUAAAAUGAAUACCCAAAUCUCAUCCCCUAAAGCACUUCUUAAGAAAAGGAAAUAGCUUUUACAGAUCCCGUGCCGGUUCCCACACCUUCCCUGUGUCUAGCCCACUUCUUUGUUCAUGUCUGCUCCUUAAAGCUUUCUUAAGAGGCGGAAUUGUUUUUGAGCAAGCCGAUUAACAUUUUUAUUUGGUCAUAAUAGGGAAUUAUGUGUAUUUAGAAAGAUGCGUAUUUUAUUUUGAAAAUAAUAGGAUUUUGUGCAAUACUUUUCCUGCAUAAUUUAGUUCGUAUAAAUAUGCACAUCUGCUUUUCUAGCAGAUGCCUUAAGGUCAUGUUUUUCAGUAUUUGUGUAAAAUUGUGUGUAGCAAUGUUCUAUGUGAUUUUAGAAAAAAAUCCUUUAUAUUAUUGGCAAGAGAAAUGUUUUUGUUUAUUUAAAAUAAUUAUGGAUAUUGCAUUAUUGUAUCAUAACUAACUGCCUCAGCAACCAUAAAUAUGCAAUAAGGAAAUCCUGAACCUUAGGUUAGUAUUGACAAUACUAUUACUUUAAAAGAAAUGUAUAUAGUGCAAAACGCUGAUUUUACAUGUGCACCUGUAACAAAUAUUCAGUUCUACCACAUAAAUCUAAAUGGCAUUUGUAUGGUGAUGACCACACAUGUAGAUUGUAAUAUCCUUUGUGAUGAAUCUUUGGUAAGAUUUAUAAAGGGCAUUGCCAAUACUUCUUGACUGUCUAUAAAUUAAGUUAAUUUUUGUAUAAUGUACAGUUUGUUUAACCGUAGAGCUUCUAUAGAUUUCUACUUUUAUUAUACUUGAACGAGGCAGAAAAGCACUGUGGAAUAUCUGUAGCUCUGGAUGCGAUAUGCAAACACACCAAAAACUCAAAUAAGGUACGAACAGCAAUGGCAGCCAGAUGCUUUCUAUCCAGAAAGCUGUUUUUUUCAAACCAUCCUUUAGUUAAGUAACUUAAACCAGGCAAUCUUUUACCUUAAAAGGUUGCAAAGUCACAAAUGAUUACCUCUUUGAUAUGAUAAACAUAGGUCUCUUUUGUCUCCGUGUUAUUUCACUUCUCAGAUGAGAGCCUUAAUGAGGUACCUUAACAAAUCCAUCCUCUGGUUGGUUAUAUGAUGUUUGGGACAGGACGGAAUUAGAACCCUGUGCAUGCUAAAUGCACCGCAGGCAUCAAGUCACCAUCCUGUAGUAUAACUUCCAUGUAGUGACUUCGAGAACUAUCUAAUGAUCAUACACCAAAAAUAAGAUAUCUUGAAUCUGUCAUGAUUUAGUACUUACAGCAGUGCUUAAAACAGUAAACAUGUAUGAACUGCAUGAGGUCUACAACUUAAUAUGCAUAAAGGGUUUUUUUUUUCUAUAAAAGGUACAUGAAGGGUUCAAAAUGGAACUUUUCCAAAGCUUAUUUCUUUUGCUUUAAGUGAAUCACUGUUUGAAAGGACUGAACAUCUUGAGCUUUUUGCUAGACAUGGUGACCAGUAUCUGUAAAAACCUACCCAGCAUUGAGAUUUGUUUCAUUGUUCUUGCAUCCUUGAGGCUACAGUACAAAUCAUCUCUAAAGUUGACUACUAUUGGGAGGACAUUGUGCAUAAAAGUGUUGUUUGGGGAAUUUUUUAAAAAUAUGCAAACAUAAAUAUUGGAUGAACUACAUACUACCAUAAAGUGCCCAACAAUGCAGUUAUGAAAUAAAAUUGGUCAUAAUUAAA